GAGGUGGAAUUCGCCGCGUCCUUCGACGCCGAUGCGCCAGCCGACGCCAGCGAGGAGCUCGUGGGCAGCGGCACGUCGGGCUCGGUCUUGCACUUCGACCUCGGGUUCAGCCUGUGCUCCUCCAGCGCGGCAGCGCCGCGGCCGGAGCUGGACAAGGCCGGCUUCGAGCGGCGCCUGGGCGCGCGGGCCGCGGACUUCGCCGCCUUCCAGCUGUCGGUGCUCCGGCUCUACUCGGACUCGCUGGAGCCGAGGGAGCCGUACGCGCAGCCGGAAACCACUGCCACCCCGCCGCCCGCUGCCGCCGUGGGUGCGGGUGUCGACGAAGAGGGCGCACCCCUCAUGGAACAGCUCUGGUGGCUGCCCUUCCUCGGCGUCCUCCUCGUGGCGGCGGCUGCGCUGGCGGCCUGGUUUUUCUUCAGGGAGCGCCGCCGCAAACGCCGGAAGUUGUCCAGCCAGAUGAGUUUCGAGAGCUCCGUGGGAGUGCAGGAGUACAGCAGCAGGGCGUUUCCAGCGGAGACCCAGAGCGACUUCAGGUGGCACGAGGAGCGUUACCUCGCCCGCGUCGUCGCGGCCUUCGACCCACAGUCCCAGCCAGGCUCGUGCGACGCCUGCCUGGAGCUGCUCAUGUCGGAGGAGGAACAGUUGAAAGAACGGUGGCUCUGCCGCCCAGCC